AUCCAAAGGAAGUUUAGUUCACACUUCUUUAAAUGUUGAUAUCUGGAAUCAAAUAGUAUUUCAAUUAAAGAUCACCAUACGUCAUUUUAUUAUAACUUGAAUUGUUAUCUCUCGUAUUUAAUGUGUUUUGAUGUUUGAAGUUCGUGAACCAUUCAGGAAGUGACUAGGAAGUAAGCACUGCAGUUGUCAGAGAAGGUAAAGAACACUUAUAAUUAGGAAACAGUGUUUAUUUAGUCAUUCCUGAAGCAAAUCUUUAGGCGUCAUGCAUAGAAGAGGAGUCGGAGCUGGCGCGAUCGCCAAAAAGAAACUUGCAGAGGCAAAGUACAAAGAGAGAGGUAAUGUCCUGGCUGAGGAUCAGAUUGCACAAAUGUCGAAACAGCUGGACACCUUCAAGACCAAUUUAGAGGAGUUUGCCAGCAAACAUAAACAGGAAAUCCGUAAAAGCUCUCAGUUCAGGGUGCAGUUCCAAGAGAUGUGCGCCACCAUAGGGGUCGACCCACUUGCCUCUGGAAAGGGCUUUUGGUCUGAAAUGCUUGGAGUAGGAGAUUUCUACUAUGAGCUUGGUGUGCAAAUUAUUGAAGUCUGUUUAGCUCUUAAACACAGAAAUGGUGGACUCAUCACAUUGGAUGAACUUCAUCAACGUGUCUUAAAAGGAAGAGGGAAGUUUGCACAAGAUGUGAGCCAAGAUGACUUAGUACGGGCCAUCAAGAAGCUCAAGGCUAUGGGAAACGGCUUUGGUAUGAUUCCUGUCGGGGGCUCUUAUUUGGUCCAGUCAGUACCAGCAGAGCUAAAUAUGGAUCACACUGUAGUUUUCCAGCUAGCAGAGAAAAAGGGAUAUGUGACCGUGAGUGAGAUCAGAGACAGCCUGAAGUGGGAGAGAGAAAGAGCUUGUCAUGUGCUUGAUCACCUGCUGAAAGAAGGCUUAGCAUGGCUGGAUUCCCAAGCUGCGGGAGAGCCACAGUACUGGCUGCCUGCUUUGUUCUCAGAGCUUGUAUCGCAAGACGUUACACCUGAAGAAGCCAAUCAGAUGACACCUUGAACAUAAGACGUUAUUUUGUAAACACAUGGCAACAGAGAAGGGGAAGUACAGAACUGGGGUCAAAGAACGUCCGUGACAUUGGAGAAUGUUACUCAAGCAAAGUUUGCUCGAGUAAAUACGGAGAACAAAAUAUCUACCUUUUUAUAUGUUUAUUAUUUAACGCUCCAUUUUCCACUGGAAAUAAAAAAUACAGAGACUACAAAUAGUUACUAUAUUGUUUUAUGUGUAUUGUAUAUUUCUCCUUGAUAAUAAAGAAAUAUUUGUUUAACCAUUAAA